AGUGUAGCACCGCGACUUGACAUGUUGACAUUUACAUACGUUGCCAUUAUGGCACACUUUAAAUGCUGUAGUUAUAAUUAGUGGCUACAGGGAGGUAGCAUGCGCCUUUACGUUUUACUAGAAACAAACAUUUCUCUCGAUCCGCUGUUUAAAUGUUAAUUAAAGCGUAUUCGAUUUGAUUCGAGUGUCAAAUCCACGGCACGAUGGCGGAACGAGGAGCUCAUCUGACCACAGCAGCAGGAGAAGGCAUGCCUUCUAUUUUUGAAGUGUUAGCUCAGGAUUCUUUAAUGAGUGCCGUGAAACCUGCACUUCAACAUGCAAUCAAAAUCCUGGCUGAAUCCAAUCCUGCUCGUUAUGGAGUCCUGUGGAGAAAAUUCGAUGAGCUUUACACCAUCCUUGACCUACUGCUGCAACAUCACUUCCUGCUACGCACCAGCGCCUCCUUUUCCGAGAACUUCUACGGGUUAAAGCGGGUGGGCCCGGACGACAGUAGACGUGCGCAUCGAGGCCUUGGGCGCAAACGCCAUCUGCGCUCUCUGCUUCUUUUAGUGCUCCUGCCUUACCUCCGAACCAAACUGGAGAAGGUGCUGGCUCAUCAGAGAGACGAGGACGACUUCUCGAUACGGAUGCCCCAGUCAUUGGCUCAGAAGAUGUACAGGGCUUUCUUGGCUGCUUAUCCUUAUGUUUGUAUGGCAUGGGACAGCUGGAGUUUUUGCCAUCAAUUGCUGUACAUUUUUGGCAAUGCACGCACUCAUUCGCCCCUGCUGUGGCUGGCAGGAGUCAAAUUGUCCCAUCUGACAGCUCAGGACAUUCGCAAUUUGGAUCUCAAGCCAGCGGGAAGAGCACUGAGCUCCAGCCAAAGCUUAGGAGCACGAAUACAGAGUGUCUUUUCCACAGUGGUUGGCAGUGUAGCUGUCUCCGUCUCCACCAGUCUCUCUAUGGGAGUGUUUUUCUUGCAGUUUUUGGAUUGGUGGUACUCAUCAGAGAACCAGACCACUGUAAAGUCUCUCACUUCUCUUCCUACCCCUCCACCCCCACUUCACCUGGAGGACCAGGAUGAUGCCCUGACGCCCAGCAAAGUUUGCCCACUUUGCAGGAAAGUGCGCAUUAAUGACACAGCCCUGGCUACCUCAGGCUACGUGUUCUGUUAUCCCUGCAUUUAUACAUACGUGAAGACUAACCGCAGGUGUCCACUAACAGGCUACCCCUCUGAACUACAACACUUAAUUAAGAUCUAUUCUCCAGAGGUGUAGACCAAACUGAUCGUAGGACCACACAUGCUGGGAAAGUGACCAUUUUUGAGUCAGAUAAUUUGACUCAACUUGCCAAAUGGCUCAAAUUACCCAUUUUUUGUUAAAGUUUAUGAUAAUUAAUCAACACUUGUCAUUAUGUCGGAAAUUGUUUAAUGAAAUACCUUUAAAUGAAUUUUUCAGAAUUGGAAAGAUACUAUACACGUGUACUGGUUUUAAAAAAAAUAAAUAAAAAAAAUACAGUACACAUCCCUGCACUGUAUAUUGCGUGUUUUUUGAUUAUCAAGAUCUCUUUCCAUAUGACAACCAAAAUUGAUCAAAUCUCAUAAUACGCUCACCACACAUUUGGGAGUCGACUCAAAGAAGACAUUCACUUUACUUGUUAAAGCAUUAUGGACCAUCCUGCUGUCACAAGCUUUUAAUUUACUUUUAAUGACAAUUGUAAUGUUUUUGUAAUGCAAAAUACAUCUGCACAUUUUAGUGCUUUGAGAAAAAAAAAUGCUUUGUGCUUUUUAUUUUGUGGGUUUUUUUUAUAUGAAGUACAGAGUUUCAAAGUAAAAUAGCCUCAAGGAUGAAGAUGCUAUUUACAUCUUGUUUGCAAUUAAUUGGCAAAUUGUGUAUUUAUAAAUCACCACAAUUUAUCACAAGCGUUUGAAAUUUAGCAAAACAAGAGUUGACCAAUAUGACCACUAUGUUUUGCACUACAUUGAAGCUGUUAUGGAUGAAAACCUGUAAUAAAAGGAGUUGCAUAUACCAAAAUUGGAUUAAUCCAGAGUGAAUGAACAGAAUUGUAAGUUUCAUACAUUAGCACUUUAACUUUACAAAUUACAGAGCAAUACAAUAUUUCAGAAACAAUGUUCAACAUAACCUGACCAACAAAGAAAGGAAACGUUGCAUUUAGUAGGUAUAGUAUUAAGAUGCAUUUAUGAACAAUUCACUUUUAGACAUGUACAAAAACUUACAUUUGCACCCUUGUGAUGAAACCUGUGCUAAAGCAACUGUGGUAACACCAAUGUAAAAUAAAUCUAAAGCCUCUAAUUGAAUCAUCUUCAAUUACAAACCAUGCAGGAUUGUAUAGUAAGAACUGCAACAAGUUUCCCCCCCCCCCUUACCAGUCUGGGGUUAAACAAGCCUGUAUGUUGCAGAGGACAUAAGAAUAAACUACUAUGACGGUGGUAUAUUCAAUUUAAUCAAAAUAUUAAGCCCCAACAAAUUGUAUCUAAAAAAUUUGAAUCAAAGAAGAAUCUCUGUACAGGUCUGAUUUAAGAAUGUGCAUCAUUUCAAGACAAAUGUAGUUAUACUGGACUGGAGUAUACUGGUGGGGGAAAAGAAAAUCUAAAACAGUUCUAGCUUAAAAAUAAAAUAAAAAGGGCUAUAAAGAUUAACCUUGUAAUGUGGCAAAAACACAUUUCAUUUACUCACUCAAAAAAAAAAAAAAAAAAAAAAAAAUUAGCUUAAUCUUUAGUUAAAAAAAAAAAAAUUAAAUACCAAUUAGUCUGAAGCUGUUAACCAAAACAGCAAUUAAAACUUUGCACUUUGGUACAGAGGAGCGAAAAAUACAUUCGAGAUGCAAGCUAGAGGGAUGUGUAGAUCACAAACGGACAGUAAUCCAAGUUGAAGGUUCACUCAGCAAACCUAAAUAUAGCUGUUCCCAGAUUCAUGGCCCGGCAAGUCCCGAGGUCCAUGGCAAGUGCCCCCUGAGAGAAUCUAUUUGU